AUGACAAGCCUUACCCUCAUUGUUGCUGCCGCACGGAAUAAUGGCAUUGGACGAAACGGAGGUCUUCCCUGGCGUCUUCCCGAAGAACUGAAGUACUUCGGUCGCGUAACAACACAAGCCCCCGAGGGACACCACAACGCAAUUGUGAUGGGUCGAAACACUUGGGAGAGCAUUCCACCACAGCGCAGGCCUUUGCGCAAUCGCAUCAAUAUCGUGAUCAGCCGUAACAAGGACUAUCAAGUGUCAUCCUUGGAGAAGGCUCCUACAUACCUGCGUUCCGACUUAAUAUCGGCCUUUGACGGCAUCGGAGAAUCCACCGUAGACGGCAAAGCGUUACAUCGUUGGUUCAUAAUAGGAGGUGCCUCCUUAUACCGCGAUUCAUUAGCAUUCCCUCCCCCAUCACGCCUAACCGACCCAUUUGUCGAUCGCAUUCUUAUUACUCGCAUAUUAACACCGGCUUUCGACGACUGCGACGUCUUCAUGCCUGAUUUCCUGUCAGAAGCGGGAGACAAGCAAGGACGGUGGACGCAAGCUUCCCACGACAGUUUACAAGCAUGGGUCGGCUUUGAUGUACCUGCUGGUAUACAGAGGGAAAACGGAAUCGAAUACGAGUUCCAGAUGUGGACUAGGCAAGGGUUGUCCGGACUCAGUAAUGAACAGGUUUCCUCCAACACUUCUUCAUGA